GGCCUGCGCCUGCGGUCGCCAUGGAUCCGUGCCCCGAUGAGCAAUACUGGGACAGCCUGCUCAGCGUCUGCGUCUCCUGCAAGCCCCUCUGCAGCCACCGGAUUCCACGUGCCUGUGUGGCCUUCUGCAGGUCAGUCAGUUGCCGCAAGGAGCAAGGCAGGUACUAUGACCAGCUCCUGAGGGAGUGCAUCAGCUGCGCCUCCAUCUGCGGACGUCACCCUAAGCAAUGCACAUACUUUUGUGAGAACAAGUUCAGGAGCCACGUGACCCUCCAGGCAGAGCUCAGAAGACAGAAGACCGGGAAAGCUGAAACCAAACCAGACAGCUUGGGAAGGUACCAGGGAUCAGCGCACAGAGGCUUAGAGGCGGGUCCAGCAGCCCCCGGGCUGAAGCUGAGCGCCGACCAGCUGGCCCUGGUCUACAGCAGCCUGGGGCUCUGCCUGGGCGCCGUCAUCUGCUGCCUCCUGCUGGCCGUGGCCUGCGUCCUCAGGAGGAGGGGCGGCCAGCCCUCCCGCCCGAGCCCCGCGGGGCUGUGUCGGACCUGGGCCAAGUCCUCCGCAGGUCACAGGACGGAAGCUGGGAGCACAGCGCACGGGCUGCAGGAAGGUGUGCAGACCUGCGGCUUCUGCCUGCCCAAGUGCGGGGCGCCCACCCAGGAGAGCACCGCCCAGCCCGGCGCCCCCAGCCCCGCGGACGCUGGGAGGUGCGGGGACCCCCACCCCACAGUAGCUGGAAAGGCCUGCACCGUGUCCUUGUCCCUGGAGGGCACCUUGGGGGCUAUGUGUUGGCCUGCCCAGGAAGGGGGCCAGGCUGCCUGA